GGACCUGCGGGGAAAUGCUUUCCACUGCGACUGUAAGCUGAAAUGGCUGGUGGAAUGGCUCAGCCACACCAGCGCCUUGGUGGAGCCCAUCGAGUGUCACUCGCCGGCUGAGCUGAACCGCACCAGUCUCAGCGAACUGAGGCCUGGAGGGUUCAAUUGCAUCACCACUGAACUUGUCCUCUUUGACACGUUGCCAGAGCAGUCUCUUUCAAUAGAAACAUUCGUCUACCAUGAUGAAGAGAACUUGGUGAUUGCACAGCCCUUUACUGGACGGUGCAACUUCCUGGAGUGGGACCACGUGAGUGGGAAAUUUCGCAGCUAUGCCACUAUCAAUGGUUCUUCCACCGUGGUCUGCAAGCCCUUGGUGAUUGAGGGAGAACUCUUUGUAGUUGUCGCUCAGCUCUUUAGAGGGUCCCACAUCUACAAGCGACACGAAGCUACAGGGCAGUUCCUGCACACCCAGGUCAUCGAGAGCUCACGCAUCCGCAAGCCCAAUGACAUCGAGGUCUUCCGAAUGGAGGGAGACUGGUAUUUCAUCAUGGCUGACAGUUCCAAGGCCGGCUCGACCACCUUGUACCGCUGGAACGGCCACGGCUUCUAUUCCCACCAGUCCUUGCAUUCUUGGUAUCGUGACACGGAUGCUGAAUUCCUGGAGAUUGCAGGCAAGCCGCACCUCAUCUUGGCCAGCAGCUCUCAGCGCCCUGUCGUCUACCAGUGGAACAAGCAGCAGUUCGUGCGCCGCACGGACAUUCCUGAUAUGGAUGACGUCUACGCUGUCAAGCAUUUCAAGGUCAAGGACGACGUGUACAUUUGUUUGACGCGCUUCCUUGGAGAUUCUAAGGUGAUGCACUGGGACGGCUCCAUGUUUCGAGAUGUCCAGCAGAUGCCUUCCCGUGGCUCCAUGGUCUUCCAACCGCUGAGCAUCUCCGGAUAUCGCUACGCCUUCCUUGGCAACGACUACUCCUUCAGCAAAGUCUACCGCUAUGACCCCAUCACUGGCCUCUUCCAGCACUUCCAGGAGCUCAACACCCAGGCCCCGCGCUCCUUUGCCCACCUCAACGUUGACAAGCAAGACUUCCUGAUUGCCUCCAGCUUCAAGGGCAAGACACACAUUUACCGCCACCUCAUCAUUGACCUGAGUGCCUGAGCCCAGCGACAGUGGGGCUGGUGGGGGAGGGCAUUGAUCGCAGGUAGGAGGCAGGUACCGCAGGGAGAAGCAGCCUAGGAGAAGACCGCUGGCUCCCGGGAAGUGCAGUACCAGAGGCAUCCACUAGGGGGACACCAGAUGCUGUUGAGGAUGCACUUCUCCAAUGGCCGGAGAUAACAGCUGGCCAGCAGGUGGGAGCUGGGCGACUUAAGAGCCAUAAUCAAUCACUAGCAAAUGCAACCGGAGUGGGAGCAGAAGCCAGCAGGUUUUUUGUUUCCUUCCGACCUGCCAAAUGAUGAUAAACUGAGGCUGCCGUCGCCGGAAAGGGCAGUUUUACAGUGGGGUUAAGCCAGGAAACCCCUCACCAACAAGACACUUGGCUUUAUAGGGAGGUGAAUCCUCUCCAGAAUUCUCUCUGAAUUUCCCUUCUUCCCUCUCCCCCUCCCCACCCUAACAAGGAUGAGGUUGAUUCGGUUGGAUUUUCUUCUUCCCUUUUUAAUGGAUUCCUGGAAACAUUUUUUCCCCCCUUUUGCUUAUUUUGCCUGCUUGCUUGUACGGCUCUGUUUUCUUUUGAAAACAUUUCUUUUUUAAAAAAAAAAUUGUGCAAUCCUGCAUCAGAUAACUGUAACCUAUGCGUGCCUGCUCAAAACACCAACGUACGGCUGAAUUCACACAAUGCGGACAGAGCCAUGUAGAAGGGAGUUGAUCGCUUGGGAUUCAGGGGUUUUUUUGAUGGGGGAGAUCUUAAUCUAGUGUGGAAACCAGGCCACGGUGUUAAGUUAUCAUAUGAGGGGGUUUUUUGGGGGGGGGGAGAGUUGGCUAUCCCAAAUCAUGGGCCCAAAACGUUGUGUGAACUCAGCCAAAGAAUCUUGGAACCCCUUUAAAUGUCUUAUGAUAUAAGCUUUGUAUGUUAUACUUGAGCUGCGGUGGCGCAGUGGCUAGAGUGCAGUACUGCAGGCUACUUCUGCCGGCUGCCGGCUGCCUGAAAUUUG